UUGGCGCCCCUGGGCCGUUCGUAAACAGCGCGCGGGUUGCCAUGGCGACCGGGCCAGUGCCGCCAGUGGCGUGCCGCGGGAUUAAGGGCGAGAAUAAAGGGCGAAACUGCAAGGGAGCGGUGCAAGGAACGCUGCAGUGCGUCGCAGCCUUUCGCCCAGCGGGACGGAAAAGGCGUCCCAGUGGCCGCCAUGGAAACGCAAUGGCCGUGUGCGCGGCGCCGUUGAGAUAGGAACAGCAAAUCCUUCGUGAACCCAAGUCGCCGUAAAAACCGGAAAUACCACUUCGCCAUGGAGAUCGAGUACGUGUACACCAAGAAGCGCAGCGACUUCGGGCGGCAAUGCCUCUUCUCCGAGAGCGGCACCAAGCUGCUGGAGAACAUCGCGCCCAACAAGGAGCUGCUCCAGCAGUACGUCUUGGAGAACCCCGUGCACAGGGGCACGCAGCUCAGCAAGGAGUACGCCGAGCACGAGGUGAACACGGUGCGGGCCGAGUACACCCAGCAUGGUGCCAACCACACGGAGGGCGGCUGGCCCCGGGACAUCAACAUCGCCGACCUGGAGCAGACGCAGCGGUUCCGGAAGAAGGUCGAGAAGGAUGACAGCUACAUCAACACGGUGCUGCAGCUCUCCAACUCGAUGGAGUUCUGCAUCCUCCAAAACAACGCCUUCAACAUCUACGAGAUGUACUUCGACGACCUGGAGCCCAGCUGCCUGGUGGACAAGUCCUCGGCGCGCACCGUCAACAUGUACCGCGACCCCUGCCCCGUCAAGAGGCCCGUGACGCACGUGUCGUGGUCUCCGGACGGCGGCUCCCGCAUCGCCGUCACGCACUGCAACUUCGACUUCCAGCGCGCGCCGCCCGACCUCAGCACGGCGUCGUACAUCUGGGAAGUCGAAAACCCCAACAAGCCGGAGCACACCUUCCAGUGGAACGUGGCCAUGUCCUGCCUGGAGUACAGCCCCAAGGACCCCCACAGCCUGGUGAGCGGGCUGCUGAGCGGCCAAGUGGCGUGCUGGGACACGCGGCGCGGCGCCGAGCCCGUGGACGUGUCCGUGCUGGAGACGAGCCACCGCGACCCGGUGCACAACUGCAUCUGGAUCAACUCCAAGUCGGGCACCGAGUUCUUCUCGUCGUCCAUGGACGGCAUGGUCAAGUGGUGGGACACGCGCAAGCUGGAGGAGCCGCUGGAGACGCUGGUGCUGGACGCCAACAAGGAGGAGCAGCUGCUGUCGCGCGCCAUGGGCGCGUCCAGCCUCGAGUACGAGCCCACUAUCCCCACGCGCUUCAUGGUGGGCACCGAGAACGGCAUGGUGCUGGCCUGCAACCGCAAGGGCAAGACGCCCGCCGAGAAGAUGUCCAUGCAGUUCAAGGCGCACCCGGGCCCCGUGGUGGCGCUGCAGCGCAACCCGGGCUUCAUCAAGAACUUCCUCUCCAUCGGGGACUGGACGGCCAGGAUCUGGUCCGAGGACUGCCGGGAGAGCGCCAUCAUGUGGACGAGCUACCACCCCGCCCUGCUGACGGACGGCUGCUGGAGCCCCACCAAGCUGUCGGUCUUCUUCACGACGCGCAUGGACGGCGUGCUGGACGUGUGGGACAUCCUGCAGCAGCAGCGCGAGCCCUGCCUCAGCAUCAAGGUGUGCGACGAGGCGCUGCGCUGCAUGCGGGUGCACGAGGUGGGCCAGCUGGCGGCCAUCGGCAACGACAAGGGCAACGUGUGCCUCAUCGAGUUCUCCGAGAACCUGGCCGUCACCCACAAGAACGACAAGACGCUGCUCACGCACAUGUUCGAGCGAGAGAGCAGGCGCGAGCGCAUCCUGGAGGGCAAGAGCCGCGAGCAGAGGCUCAAGGCCAAGGUGCAUGGCAACGAGGCGGCCGUCAAGGGCCCCAAGACCAACCAGGGCGCCGAGUUCCGAGCGCAGGCCGAAAGGGACUUCUUCGCCAUCGUCAACAAGGAGAUCCAGCAGAUGGCGCAGGCGACGGAGAACAUGACCGCGGCGCUGGAGGAGCCCAACGGGGACGUGCAGGACGGGUCGGGCACGCGCGCGGAGAGCAGGAAGGGCAGCACGGCGGGGCUGGGGCUGCCCCCGGGCUCGAGGAGGGCGUCGGCGGACGCGGCGGCCGCGUCCUCGCGGAGGGCCUCGGACGCCGCAGCCGCCGCCGCCACCGCCUCCCCCAAGGGGUCGCUCAAGACGUCCGAGGGGGGCGGCGCGGCGGCCUCGCCCAGGACCUCGUUCAAGGCGGCGGAGACGGAGGAGGCCGCGUCGUCGCCGAGGCCGAGCCAGGCCGAGGCCGCGCCCGCCGCGCCCGGGUCGUCUGGCGGGAGGGCUUCGGACGCAUCCGCACCCGGGACAUCGCCCGGGGCAUCCGACUCCAAGAGAGGCUCCAAGUCGUGAACGUUCGGGCCGAGACAACCAUUCACUUGUGGGAACUCGUCCGGGUCGCAUGGACCGCUCCUGAUAACAAAAGUCUACUUACUGUAAUUUUUACUUAUGCCACUGCCAAAAUGCACAUCCUCUUUACGCGUUUGAAGGGAAAUGCUGUGCCUUCGAAGUGUCUUUGUGUUAUUGUUGUACAGCUUGUGACAAUUUUUAAGAACGAUCUGACUUUGACAGAGAUCCAUUAAAAAUAAGUUUAAACUGUAGAAUGACCUAGUGUCUCUUCUCUACCACAUCCAUCAUUUGGUUAAAUCAACUGCAAUUUUGAAAUAAUGUACAAAGUAAAUACUGUAGGGCCAAAUUCAAGCCACUCAAUGACACAUUGCCAUUUUUAAAAUAUUUUUUUGAUGGAGUAGGGAUAAAAUACAAAAUAUAGUGCAUAUGCUAGAACCAUAGUUUAUUUCUAGAAUAUGAGAGGUCUUACUGCGGCAAUCACAGUAAAACAGUAAA